AUGAGGCUCCCUCGGUUCGUGCUCUUCGCAGCGCUCCUGCUGGUCACGCUAUGCAGCUUCGCCUCCGCCUCGAACUGGGACAAGGACGACCACGAGAUCUUCGAGCUCCAAUCGGCGCUCACCACGUCCAUCGGCAAGGGUACCACGUUCUACUCUCUGCUCGAUAUCCCCAUCUCUGCCUCUUCGUCCGAGAUCAAGCGUGCCUACCGUAGAAAGUCGCUCGAGUGGCACCCGGACAAGAAUUCUGGUGUCAAAGGCGCACAGCAGAGAUUCGAGCGUCUUGGGCUGGUGUACAAGAUCUUGCGCGACGAACGAAAGGAUCGUUACGACCAUUUCCUUCGCUCUGGUUUCCCCAAGUGGAGACGCGAUGGGUACUUUUACGAACGCUAUCGUCCGGGUCUUGGCAGUGUUAUGGUGGGAAUCGUGCUGGUGAGCAUGCUCGUCGAGGUGGGCGUGAGCCGCUUGACGAGCGGACAGGAGAGGGCCAAGGUGGAGAGGCUCAAGAUGAGCGCUCGGGCGGUGGCGUGGGGUCCUCGGUACCAGGCACUGCUCGCGGGUCUGCUGUUCCCCGCAAAACCCGCUGUGGGUGGGUCGAAGGUUACGGAGACGGAGAGGAAGGUGAGAGUUCCAAUCACCGGAUUCCCCCUCCCCGCUUUCCCCAGCUCCACCGCGAUCCAAGGGGGCACCGUCGACUGGGACGUUCAGGAGAACCUUGCGCGAACCGCCCUCUCCGCCGCCACCUCGUCGGAUGGAGCCCCGAUCGUAGACUGCCUCGUUCAGGGCGAGGACGUGCUCCUGCUCGACAGGUUUAGCGGCGACUGGGUGAGGCUGGACGAAAACGACGCCAGGCCAAGUGGCAUGCUCCAGACGUGGCCCGUGAGGUUGGUGGGCGCGAUAGUCAACAAGGUCACCGGAAAGGGUGAGGACGUCUUCAACGAGGAAGAGGAGGUCGAGGUGGAACAGGAGAAGGAGACCAAGGUGCAGAAGAACAAGAAGGGCAAGAAGAAGACCAAGUAG